GUUAAUCGCCAGUUCAAGUCCAUAAGCACAAGGUUCAAUUUCUUUUUUCCUUUCCCUUCAGCUCUGGACAAUUUUGGGAUUGUUGAGCCAUUUCCUGCUAACAUCUAUCCAAUUGAGUUCACUUCUGCCCAGGUUACCUGUGUAGCCUUUGAUUCAGCUGGAAUAAAAACUCCUGAAAGGAUACAGUUCAUGAGGAAGGACUGGUAUGCGCGUUAUACAAAUAUAACUGCUAAUGACAACAUAUAUUUCACAAACCGAACAGAGGAAGUGGACAAGGGUAAGCCGAUGUCUUAUAAAAAUAAAAAAUAAAAGUGACUCUAAGUAUUGGAACUGAGUAUCCCAUUUUAUAUUUGAUAUUACACCGCUAUUACACAAUGAGGUAGCGCGCUUUAAAUUCGUGAUCUGAAUUAGCCUUCGUUCCAACGUCACCGUCUUCCGCGAACCAAAGAGCGGCACCUUGUCUGGUCAAUCAUCAGGUUUUACCCAGCAUUCCUUGCUCAUGAGGGCAACACAUAUCAUUGGCCAUUUCCGCGUUCCAUAAACUCUCACGUCCAAAACGAGGCAAAAAAAAACCUUGUGAAAAAAAUAAAAUGAAUUUUUUUUGCAUGAGAAUGAAAAAUCAUUUUCAUACCAAUGGCUUCGCACUUAGUCUCGCUUUAAGACACAGGCUUGGAGCAACUCGGAAAUGGCGUAUUGCUAUACACUGUUAGGAAUCUGUCAAGUUUCUUGUAUACCUUAUUCUGAAAUAAGACAAUGACAAACAUGCAAGGAAGCUAUUGGACGAUGUGUAAUUAAUUGUGUAACCUGCUAACUUUCCUAACACUUCUACGGUGUCUUCUACAGAUGGAAAGAAGUUAAAGAAGCUCUUUGUCACAAUGCACAUACGGAAUGUAACGCUAGAGGACGAUAGUACGUAUGGUCAAUUGGGAAGGUACGAAUGUCACGCUUUUGCGGUUGGAUCACCCUUAGUGGAGGACAGGCAUGGUUUCACAAUUAACGUUAUUUUGAGUAAGUUUAAUCUUAAAUGUGUAAAAGUACGUGUAACGCAAAACCUCGCGAAACAGAAGAAAUAAGGGAAAAAAGCCAAGAAAAAUCAAAUAUGAAAAAAAAAACUGCUCAGCUGUGAAUCCGUGUCGAACACUGCACCGAUUCAGCAGACACACAAAGUGAAAGCAAAAAUAUUAUAAGAGGUUGUUGAAAGCAUUUUUCCGUAGAUAUAUUUUAAGGAAAAUAAGCAGGUUUUUUUAUGGUAAAAAGCCCAACUUUAGCGCAUUUCAUAGCAUUUUACUUACUUACUUAUUUUUUCCUUUUAGGAAACGAAAUUCCUUCUGUGUCUACGACUGAAGUCAACAUGCUUCAACACGGUGACAGUAUCACCAUCUUUUGCAAUAUCACUAAGACCUCGCAGAGGACUAGGCUGAAAAGGAUUUCAUGGUUAAAAAAUGGUGUUGUACAGCAAAGUGUAAGAAACCCUGAUCCAGACAACCUUGCAGACUCACUGGCACCACUAGUUAUAAAAAAUGCCGCGGCCGGAGAUGGAGGAAAUUACAGUUGUGAGCUUGAGCUUCGGCUUCGCAAUAUUAAACCAUACAAUGUAUCAGACAGUACUAUGAUCACAAGUGAGUAUAUGAUGAGUCUAUUUUGCCAUAAUUCCUGUUUACUCUGUUGAGACAGAGUGCAUUAUAUAUUUCAUGCAUGAUCUCACCUGCAUAAGAUCUCACUAAUCUGAGAUGUGAUUGGCUGUGCGUCUGGUAUACCAACAAGGCUUAUAAAGUACAACAAAAAUAGAGCGAUUUUUCGUAUGACCCUGAAAUGAAAACGAGCGAACAAAACAGAAGCAACAAACGAAUAGAAAAAGGGCGAUUUGAUUGGUUUAUCAUCGAACGGAUACAAACGCGUCAGAAACGCGCGUGGCUUUUGGUUGGUUAAGCGAACGCUCGGAUGAAAAAACGUCAUGCCUGAGAACUUUCUAGAAAUCAAUCGAUACUUUGCUUUGACGUCAUACUGCAACACGAUUGGACAAUUGAACAAUGCCGUCUCCUUAUUAGGGUUUCCUUUGGCCGGAAAACGAAGAGUCCGUGUUUUGAUCUUUUCAUUCAUUUGCGGAUGAUAAAACAAAUACGAACACUUAUCGAAACCAUUUUUCAGGGUCAUACAAAAAUCGCUCUGUCAACAACAAAACCACGGAUUAGAAUUUCCAAUGUAACCAAUAAUAAAAAUCUUUGAAUUGGUCCUAAACAUUAUCAAUUACAAUUAUUAUUUGCUUUAUAAACAAUACUCUAAAGAAAGAUGGGGAUCAGGUGGCAACGUUAAGAAACGUUUUCCCGAUGGUUGACAAAUGAUUUAAUCUUCAAAUGUAAGUUCUAAGCGUUCAUGGUCUUACAUGAAUUCUUACCUUUAUUUCAGUUGCUCCAUGGUUUGAUAGACCACAAGAGGAUACUGAAUUGAAGAAAUUCAAGGAAGAAAGUGUUUCUUUUCAGUGUCCUGCCAAAGGUUUCCCAUUAAACGUUGAAUGGAAGUUUCAGAAGAGUGGUGAAGACAAUAAACGCUCUUGCAUAAGUAAGUGCUGGGCCAAUUGUACAUCUCACCACUUAACCCUUUAAGCCCUAAGAGUGAUCGGUAUCAAUUUUCUCCUUGUAAUUAUCAAUGCCUUGUAAAACAGAGUGAUGAUGAGAAUAACAGACAAGAUGAAUGUGCUUGAUAUUUUAUCAACUUCUCCCCACUACUUCUGUAGGAAAUGAAUAGGGGCAACAAAUGAGAAUUCAAGUUUUGAUUUUGGGGUUUAAAGGGUUAAACGUCUUUUGGACUCUCCACCGGCUUACGUGGUUUGUCAUUAUCUGGGCAAGUAUACAAGAGCAAGGAUAGGAUGUGAUGAUUUGUAAUUUCAGCUAGUAUCGAUGCUGGCGUAAUGAAUAUUGUUCUCCCUCUAGUGUAUUUGAUGAAGGCGUUAGCUUUGUCCAGGAGGCAUUUUUUGUUUAAACAUACUUUCACACAGUUUUAAAAGCAAAUGUAAACCUCGUUUAAAAAUCUCGGCAGGUGGCUCAGAUGCAAAAUACCGCAUACAUCGCAGUGGGAUUUACGCGCCAUAUGUAUUGACCGUGAACGACUUGCAGUAUAAUGACAGUGGAUCUUACUAUUGCUGCCUCCCCUCUAACUGCUCCAAUGAUGUCAAGAGCAACUGCCACCGAUUUGUACUUGGAGUAAGAGGUAAAAAGUCGUUUAUUGUUCUUUCUAUU